AUGAAGGCAGAUCGACGAACUAUGAAUUUUCUCUUAUGGAUAUUAGUCCCAAACUUUUUCCUGUGUUGGACUUCGGUUGACGCACAGAUGGGGUUUGAUGGUCCGCUCUCUGCACAGGAGCAGAUGUACAUCCUGUAUGAAAAAAAAAUGCAGUGCUACCAGAAUCUCUCCAACACUGAACCAGGAACAACAGAUGAGGUGUGCCCUCCAGACUGGGAUGGUCUUAUAUGUUGGCCCCAUGGCUCCCCUGGGCUGAUUACCAAGGUUCCCUGCCCAUCUUACAUCUACGACUUCAAUCAUCAAGGACACGCUUACAGGAAGUGUGACGUCAAUGGUUCCUGGGUGUUUGUGGACCAAUGGAACAAAACAUGGACCAAUUACUCAGAGUGUUUACGCUUUUUUCAGCCCUUCAGUGAUGAAGACCGGAGACAAGACUUCUUUGAGCGGUUGUAUGUCAUGUAUACCAUUGGCUAUGCCGUGUCCUUCACCUCUCUGCUGGUGGCCAUCAUGAUUAUUGGAUACUUCCGGCGUCUUCACUGCACCAGAAACUACAUCCACAUGCACCUAUUUGUUUCCUUCAUGUUACGAGCGGUCAGCAUCUUCGUGAAGGACAAAGUUGUCUAUUCUAGGGCUGGAUUACAGGAUUUUGACUCAGCUCUGCUGGACAACUUAAAAACUGUUAGCAUAGCAUCACUGGACAAGUCGCAGUAUAUUGGCUGCAAGGUGACUGUGCUGCUCUUCAUCUAUUUUCUGGCCACCAAUUACUACUGGAUUCUGGUAGAAGGCCUCUACCUCCACAGUCUCAUCUUCAUGGCCUUUCGAUCAGAUUCCAAAUACCUCUGGGGCUUGAUACUCAUCGGAUGGGGUGUUCCAGCUGUUUUUGUGGCAGUGUGGGCGAUUGUCAGGGCAACAGUAGCAGAUGCAAGGUGCUGGGAGUUGAGUGCUGGGAACAUCAAAUGGAUCUACCAGGUUCCCAUCUUGACAGCAAUUGGGCUCAACUUUAUUUUGUUUGUGAACAUUGUGCGGGUUCUGGCCACUAAAAUACGAGAGACAAACGCAGGGAGAUACGACACCAGGAAACAGUACAGGAAACUGGCAAAGUCCACCCUUGUGCUCGUGCUGGUGUUUGGCAUCCACUACAUUAUCUUUGUUGGGAUGCCUCAUACAUAUCAGGGACCAAGCUGGGAAAUCCGAAUGUACUGUGAGCUGUUUUUCAACUCAUUUCAGGGCUUCUUUGUGUCAAUUAUCUAUUGCUACUGCAAUGGAGAGGUCCAGACAGAGAUAAAGAAAACAUGGACACGGUGGAACCUUUCCUUUGAGUGGGAGGGCCCAGUUGUCUGCGGCCGCUACCGUUACGGGUCUGUGGUUGUUGGUCUCAACAACAACAGCACAAGCAGUCAGUCCCACCUGGCUGCUGCUGGGCCUUCCACACGCUCCACCACACUCGUUUCCAGCCGUGUUUAUCGGAGCACAGGUCCCCCCGUGAUCAGCAUGCAUGCCACCCUCCCAGGGUACGUAAUCAGUACCUCAGAUCCAUUCAUACCCGAGGAACCUGAGGACAGCGGCCCAAAGCGGGGGGAUGAUAUCUCACUGAGGGAAAAUCUGCCUGUUUUAAAUAUGAGCGGAACAGCUGACGAUGAGGAGGAAACGCUUGUAGCAGACAUCUAA